GAGUUCUCCGCCUAGUUGAAUCAGUCGAGUUGGAUACAUCCGUCGGCUGGCAACCGUCUGCUGCUAGAUUGACGCUCCGCGCGUAUCUGCGGAUCUAUACUAAAUUGUUUUUUUCUCGGCUAGUCAGUUUUCUUAUAUUUAAAUAAUCGUGUCGGAACUUACUCAACUGUAACUUAACAAACGGCAAUAUCCAGAGGAAACAGCAGGAUCGCAAAAGCUCUACAGCAAUUGUUUUGAGAUAGAGAGACAAGUCCAACAACAGAAAACGCAUAUCUCAAGCCCUUAUAGCGCGUUCGCAUAACACACAAAAAAAAUAGGUGGUGAAGCAACAGAAAAACAAAAUAAUACAAAAAUACGUCAAGAAAAUUAAAAAGCGCAGAUAAAUUUCAAUGCACUCAAACGAAGAAAGUAUCUGCUGUUUAUUUAUAUUGUACGAGUGAGUGGUGGGUACAAACAGCUGUUGGGGAAACAAAAGUAUCAACCGCUUUAAAAUUUUCACUCUGGCUUCAUUCUUUCAACUCGUUGCUCUAAAAUACCGACAAUUUUGUAUACAUUCAGUUGGCUUAAGCAAACCAUUGUUUGUCAACGCAGACUGAUAACGUAGAGUUGGGCAACGCACUUUAAAAAUUCCAGCAAAAGUUCAAUGCUUUCCAGCUUGAACCAAAACAAGAUAGACUUUGAAAGUACGACAGACAGCUUUUUUUUGUUUCCAUAAAUUAGAUGAGCCGAUAAUUUAUGCACCAGUAGCGAAAACACACUUGCUCAGAGGCAGAUGCGUUAUUCUGAUUAGAAACGAAAACAGCUGAAAACCAACCGCAGUAUGUAUUUACGGGAAAUGCUCUUACUGGCCUGUCUGGUGCUACUGUUCGGGGGACUCCCACAAUUCACUUCCCCUACAACGACCACCACCCUAGUGGCCGCCAUGUCCAUCGCCAAUCAGGACUUGGAGCGCUUCUUUAGACCAGGAAACGGCACGCACACUUUCUCCGGAAUGGAGGACCGAAUUGCAGUGGACGUCUAUAACUACGCCUUCCUCAACUGGUCGUACUUAGAUGGUAGUACACUGUGCAACAUGGACUUUGCUCAGGAGCAGGCUCGCUACGGUGAGGGCAAGGUGUUGAACGUCACGGGGCGUCUGGUCCACAUCAGCGCCACGGAAAACGUCAGUGACGACUACGCCUGCACACCAUACAUCCGCGGAACUUUGGGAACCCCAACGCCAGACAAGGGUGUGACCUGGAUAGCCUUGGUCCGCCGUGGACGCUGCACCUUUGAGGAAAAAGUUAAGCAUGUUUACCAGCAGAACGCCGCCGGUGUCAUUAUCUACAAUGACAAGCAGGUGAUGCAGCUGGAGAAGAUGCAGAUUAAGGGCAAGACAAGAAGCAUCGCCGCAGUGAUAACUUAUCAGAACAUUGGACAGGACCUAGUGGACAGUGUGGACAGGGGCAACAAUGUCACCAUCUCUAUUAUCGAGGGACGACGAGGAGUACGCACCGUCAGCAGCUUAAACCGAACGUCAGUGCUGUUCGUCUCCAUAUCAUUCAUCGUUUUGAUGAUUAUUUCCCUGGUUUGGCUUAUCUUCUACUACAUUCAGAGGUUCCGGUACAUGCAGGCAAAGGAUCAACAAUCUCGCAAUCUGUGCUCGGUUACCAAAAAGGCCAUCAUGAAGAUCCCAACGAAGACGGGGAAAAUCAGCGACGAGAAGGAUUUGGAUAGCGACUGCUGCGCAAUUUGCAUCGAGGCCUAUAAACCCACAGAUACCAUUCGGAUAUUGCCGUGCAAGCACGAAUUUCAUAAAAACUGCAUCGAUCCAUGGCUCAUCGAGCACCGAACCUGCCCCAUGUGCAAGCUCGACGUGCUCAAGUUUUACGGAUAUGUGUUUCUAGGCAGUGAGGAAAGUAUUUUGGAGUACCAGCCAGAUCCCCCGCAGGGUCUGACAAGUGUGGAAGCAGGAAACGUCUCUGCUGAGCCUGUAACUGAAACGGCUCAAACAAGACCUAGCGCCUUGGCGGAACUUAUUCGAAGCCGCGACUUUGUAAUCGAUUUUCCGCGAGUAUUUGUCCUCGACAGCGGCAGUGUUGUUGGAGCCCGCGAAAUGCUGUUUCCAACCCGACUACCCGAACGCUCGCAGAGCUCCCUAUCGCUGAGACAAGCCCGUGAUUGGAUGAGCCUAAUGAGCAACAAGCUCGAGGAACAGCAGGGUUUGCGCCGAAUGCGCAAAGAUGAAAUGCAGCAGCAACUUCUUAGUGCGCGGGAGUCGGCCCGCCACUGCCGGUCGCGAUCUGCGGAUGGGCGCUACUCAACUGGAUGCUUUGGUGGUCGCCAGCGCCAGCCCUCUGUGCAGGCAUCUGGCCAAGUGCAGCACCACUUUCCCUUCGAUGUCGCCCAGCUUCGGCGCACCAGCUCCUCGCAGGCCUUGCAGCAGUUGACGGACGCCGCCUACGCCCAGUCGCGUCAGAGGCAGCGGGAAGCCUUUGACUUCGCUAGAACGCGGCGUCGCUUCAUAAGACGUGAGAGCGAGGAGAUAUCCUUGCGCUCGCUACCCAGGCGAGGAGUAGUACAUCGGGAGAGGGAUAGGGAGGCCGAUGCAAGUGGACCCUGUGACCAAAUAACCAUUCAAGUGAAUGGUCAAGGUGUCGAUCUCAAUGAGUGAAAAAGUUGCUUACGCUUAUUUGCUGAAAUAAUUGUAUAAAAUAUAUUUUAUCUAUCUUAGAAUCUGUUUAAAAAAUGCUUAGCCGCCUUUGUGAGUAG